CGACGGCGCUGCGAUCAAACAAACCCCUGUCAAUCCUGGCCGCUGCAGUGUGGCACACAAACCCCUGCAGGCACCGGAACCCACUGGCAUACUAGCAAUUAGUACAAGUCGGCGUCAUAGCACACCAACGCCGCCCUGUCCCGCGACUGAUGCCCAACACAGACUCCGUGCGCGUGCAAGACAUCUGCAGCCAGGUAAUCACUUCUACAAUUGUAUUCCUCCGCUCUCUCUUGUAUCAUAGACACGAACCGACUAUUUGCCCUUUUAGUGAUAGCCGCUACCGUCGAAUAAGAGGAGGCAUUCUCUCCAACACCGGCUUUGGUGCUCGAAGAGUUGCUUGAUUGUCCUCGAUCUGCUAGUCAUUCUUCUGCGCCAUCGAUCGGGCCUUGAUCGGUGCGAAGAUGCGGGCAACGGUACCACCGGAAUCAGUAGCCAGACGAGGGUGAAGCAGCCUAAUCGGACGGACAAUGUCCGACAACGGCAGCAAUGUAUCGAGGCGAUCUUCGUCCCAGACCUCUCAUGCUUCCGCCGACUUCAAGAAGCCCAAAACCCUUCGAGGCGCACCAAAGCGUCAUGGUUCAAAAAGCUCCUCCAAAUCCAUUGAAGACGAUCCUGCCCUGACGUCCUUCCCGUCCUUCACCCCUGAACCAGAGAGCCGGUUGACCGACGUCAUUCAAGAGGAGGCACCAAGACCUACACGGACAAUAUCUCAGAAAGCGAGGGAUAGAAAAGCGACACUCGCCGGUCUUAUGAGCGGGUCUCCAUCUUUGAAUAAACAGAACGCCUUGUUUGAUGACUCUCCACGGUCGUCUUUGGAUAUUCCAGGGUCCCUCCAUCUUGCGAGCGAUGAUCACAUUGAGAGGUUGAUCAGCAAGACGGGUGCCGUUAGGCUGGUGCGGCAGUAUGCUUCUGAUUUGGCUCAGCGAGAUGCGGAGAUAUCAGCUCUGCGAAUUCGGGCAGAUCAACGCGAGAGGGAACUGAAGAAAUUGCUUCGGGAGGCCAAUGUCCCAACAGCAGAAGUAGAGAAGCGGCUCCUUCGGCUCGAACAUGGGGCAGGCAACUCUGGUCUACACGAAUCCUCUCCCGCCGCAGACGGCGCAGUUUCGGCGGCGUCCUUGGAUAACAUGAUGAGCGAGGCAAUGGCAGAGGCCAUCGUGUUCAACAGCCCAAUCGACAGUGACUCCGUCGCAGCACCUCAAAGUCCAAGAGCUGCUGAGCUCCGUCAAAGCCGCAGUAGGAGUGGUUCUAUGGCAUCAGCGCAGGUGAAAGCAUCUCGCACGACGAGCAGAGCCAAUAGUAUGGUCAGUGAGAGCAGCCAGGACAUGGAUGCGACAUUGCGGCCGAGAGUGGCCAGCUCAAACUCCAACAAGGUAUCAGGUUUGCAGAGCAUUUUCCAACCUCCAUCACAAAACUCAGGCACUAGUUAUUUUAUAGGGGGAAAGUCCAUACGCAAGUCAAAGCUAGGCGAUGAGGCUAGCGUCCGAUCGAAUCAGUCUGGGCGGUCUUUCGCUUCUUGGACGCAGAUUUUUGGUGGCAAGUCCAACAAUGGUCGAUCUAGAGCCUCGUCCUUGGGACAAGAUGGCAGCAACACAGGAGGAGCAGGCGAGGAAGGCGAGGGCACCAUGCAGGGCUUGUCUAAGACACGAACAAACCCAUCACAGCCGGCCACCAAGUCUUCUUUGUCUCUGCCUCACAACGGCAUGAACCAAAACCGGCCUCCUGGAAAGCGUAACCCAACACCGAGUAGGCUUACCGCCAGUCCAAGUCAUGCCCGGAAGGAAUCCAAUGCUAGCAACCUGCCUCCAACCGUCGAGCUGGACUCGAUGAUUGAAAGUUCACAACUGCCGCCUACGAUGACGAGUCAGAAUAAUGAUAGUCAUGGACUCUUGACGGAUAGAUUUGGUUUUAUAUAUGACCAGAGGCGUCGAAAACGGCAGUCUUUGCAGGUUCGGCAGCAUAAGCGGAACAAGAUGAGUGGCGCAGAGACGAUCGCCAGCUUCCGAGGCGCAGACAAUAUCCACUCGGACGAUGUGUUUGCUGAUAGGCCGGUUACGCCGGCGUCAGUGGAUGAGGAAGCCCCCAAGAAGUCCUGGCAAGACUAUCUGAAAGUCACCACGAAUCUUUCAUCGGGCAGGCCCAGAGAACUGCUGUCACAUACACCAUCUGCUGGGGCUGUAGUCACGGUUAGUACAGCUGACGCAGCAGGCGUCACGACGCCGCCGCACCGGUCCAGGGAAGCAUCGAUCUCUGUUUCGGUUGCAGCACAAAAGGCACUCCCAACUACUAGCGUUGUGACAGAGCCGCGGCAUACCUCGGUCACGGCUGUUUCAUCAGACUUCACAGCAGAACCGGAGUCUGACAGUCCAGGAGAGUCGGGCCCUGCGAGAUUGCUUCUGGAGCAGCUCACCGAUUUACAUGACACACUUCAAGCUGAGCGGUCUGCGCGAUGGAACGACUUCUUACGCCGUGUACGCGCUGAGAGGGCCAACAGCGUGGACCGCGCUUCCAACAACACACCAGAGGCUGACUUGCUCAAUGGGGAGUUGAUUGGGCUCGCCACUUUGGGUCGAUCCAAGCAGACCAAGAGUAAAUAUCUGCAUUUCCGGGCGUUGGUCCUGGGCGGCAUACCAGUCUCGCUCCGUCCCAAAAUCUGGGCCGAAUGCUCCGGUGCCAGUGCUUUGCGGAAUCCUGGAUACUACGAAGAUCUAGUGGCUCGGUCACAAGAGGGAACAGACAUCGACCCGGACAUAGCCAGUCAGAUCAAGGCGGAUGUUCGCCGGACAUUGACAGAUAAUGUGUUCUUCCGCCACGGACCGGGCGUGCAGCGUCUAGAAGAGUUGCUGAGGGCAUAUUCGCUUCAUAACCCUCGCAUCGGUUACUGCCAAGGGAUGAACCUCAUCACGGCGUCUCUCCUACUCAUCUGUGCGACUGCAGAAGACUGCUUCUGGCUCCUGGUGGCAAUCAUCGACGUGAUCCUACCCAGCCAAUAUUUCAGCUCGACACUACUCGUGGCACGAGCCGACCAAGUCGUCCUCCGUCAAUAUGUCGCAGAGGUUCUACCGAAGCUCAGCGCGAAGCUGGAAGAGCUGGGUGUCGAGCUUGAAGCCUGCACAUUUCACUGGUUCUUGUCCCUAUACACUGGCGUGUUGACUGGCGGAGAGGCCCUUUACCGCGUCUGGGACGUGAUUCUCUGCCUCAACAGUUCCGAUGCAGUUCCCUACGCAUUCAACCAACCCAAGAACUUGACCGUCGACAUCCCUUCAUUUAAUCUAACAAGUAGCGCACCAUCCACGCCGGUCACCCCCUCCGCGCCUAAUGGACACGGACACGGAGGCGAGGACGGUGAGGAGCACGACGGCACGAGCUCGCCUUUCCUUUUCCAACUUGCCCUGGCGCUCCUGAAACUUAAUGAACCUGCCAUCCUCGCUCUUGAUUCCGCCGCCCAGGUCUACACUUACAUCAACCACAAUAUGACCAACCAUGCUAUUAGUAUCGAUGCCCUAGUGCAGGCCAGUGAGGCUCUGAGGACUCGAGUCAAGAGGAGUGAGGUUCUGGAGAGACGAAAGGCCGCCAUAAAAGCGCUCGGAUCCUAGAACAGGGCUGGGCGGCUGCGGCGUUUUAGUUGUGUUGUGUUGUGUUUUCCUUUCUUUUUAUUUGUUAUGCCCUGGUUCCUGGCUGGCUGGAUUGGCGAAUUGCGGAGCGAAGCGGACGGACGGACGGACGGACGGACGGACGGACAUCUAUAUGAUACCCCAACCCCGACUAAAAAGUAGAACUUGAAUGAUACAAAUGAUCCAUGAAAAUAAAGCAAGGGGCCUGGCCAAUGGUCUCUCUGGACGUACUGUUUGAAUGUUAAGUGACGUACUAAGUAGGUGUAGCUUAGAUUUCAGGUAGACCAUUCGUUGUUAAGAUGCAGAUUGAAAUGCUAAAUAUUCAAUAGCAGGAGCAGGCAGUAGCACUAGA